AUGCCUCGUAUGUUUGGUCCUUUGGAUAGAUUUACUUCAACCAUCCAUCAACAGGCUCCUCAAGGUCGAUUCUCUCAUAGGACACCGGUGAUCUUGAUCACAGACACUUCUGUCGACGUGCUUCUCCUUGUUCACUCUCAUCUGCAGUCGAUACAGAUGGCAGCUUCAUCUGCUUGUCUUGUGGGAAAUGGAUUAUCACUACACACAACCAAACAAACGCUAAGCAAUAACUUUUCCCGGAAUCAAAAAUUUGGCCUUUCCUCUUCAGCUAUUAGAACAUCAAAGGUUAAUAACGUCGUGAAAGCUUCUUUGGAUGUGAAGAAAUACCAAGAAAGAAGAAACUUUCUCAAGAUCUUGUUAGGAAACGCCGGAAUCGGUUUGCUUGGAAGUGGCAAAGCAAACGCAGCAGAUGAACAAGAAGGCUCUUCCUCCAGAAUGUCAUAUUCUCGGUUCCUAGAGUAUUUGGAUAAAGAUAGAGUGAACAAAGUGGAUUUGUAUGAGAACGGAACAAUAGCUAUUGUGGAAGCUGUGUCUCCCGAGUUAGGUAACCGUGUUCAACGUGUGCGUGUUCAGCUUCCGGGACUAAGCCAAGAGCUUCUCCAAAAGCUUAGAGCCAAGAACAUUGAUUUUGCAGCACACAACGCUCAGGAGGAUCAAGGCUCAGUGUUGUUCAACCUGAUUGGGAAUCUCGCUUUCCCUGCGCUUCUGAUUGGUGGUUUGUUCCUUCUCUCGAGACGGUCCCCUGGAGGAAUGGGUGGGCCCGGUGGUCCUGGCUUCCCACAGUUUGGUCAGUCUAAAGCCAAGUUCCAGAUGGAGCCCAACACAGGUGUGACGUUCGAUGACGUCGCUGGAGUUGAUGAGGCAAAGCAAGAUUUCAUGGAAGUGGUGGAGUUUCUGAAGAAGCCUGAGAGGUUCACUGCGGUUGGUGCGAGGAUUCCGAAAGGUGUGCUCUUGAUUGGUCCUCCUGGUACUGGGAAGACGCUUUUGGCUAAAGCUAUCGCUGGUGAAGCCGGUGUGCCGUUCUUCUCCAUCUCCGGUUCUGAGUUUGUUGAGAUGUUUGUUGGUGUUGGUGCCUCGAGAGUCAGAGAUCUUUUCAAGAAAGCCAAGGAGAACGCUCCUUGCAUUGUCUUUGUUGAUGAGAUUGACGCUGUUGGUAGGUCGAGAGGGACUGGAAUCGGUGGAGGUAAUGAUGAGAGAGAACAGACUCUGAAUCAGCUCCUUACUGAGAUGGAUGGCUUUGAAGGUAACACAGGUAUCAUCGUUGUUGCUGCAACUAACAGAGCAGAUAUUCUUGACUCUGCUUUGUUGAGGCCAGGAAGGUUUGACCGGCAGGUGAGUGUUGACGUUCCGGAUAUUAAGGGGAGAACAGAUAUUCUCAAGGUUCAUGCAGGUAACAAGAAGUUUGAGAAUGAUGUCUCGCUUGAAGUGAUAGCGAUGAGAACGCCUGGAUUCAGCGGAGCGGAUCUUGCUAAUCUUUUGAACGAGGCUGCGAUAUUGGCUGGACGGCGUGGGAGGACGGGGAUAUCGUCUAAAGAGAUUGAUGACUCCAUUGACAGAAUCGUUGCUGGCAUGGAAGGAACUGUGAUGACAGAUAGCAAGAGCAAGAGCUUGGUUGCUUACCAUGAAGUUGGCCAUGCGGUUUGUGGAACGUUGACUCCAGGACAUGACGCGGUGCAAAAGGUGACGUUGAUACCGAGAGGACAAGCGAGAGGUCUGACUUGGUUUAUUCCAUCAGAUGACCCGACUCUCAUCUCCAAGCAGCAACUCUUUGCGAGAAUCGUUGGUGGGCUCGGUGGUAGAGCCGCUGAAGAAGUCAUCUUUGGUGAGCCGGAGGUGACUACUGGCGCCGUCGGUGACUUGCAACAGAUCACCGGUUUGGCCAAGCAGAUGGUUGUUACGUUUGGAAUGUCUGAGAUUGGACCAUGGUCGUUGAUGGAUUCAUCGGCUCAAAGCGAUGUCAUCAUGAGGAUGAUGGCGAGAAACUCCAUGUCUGAGAGGCUUGCAGAGGAUAUUGACUCUGCGGUUAAGAAGCUAUCAGACAGAGCGUAUGAGAUAGCUCUUAGCCACAUAAAGAACAAUCGUGAAGCCAUGGAUAAACUCGUUGAAGUGCUUCUCGAGAAAGAAACUAUCGGCGGCGACGAGUUCCGGGCGAUUCUCUCUGAGUUUACUGAGAUCCCACCGGAAAACAUCGUUCCCGUCUCCACAACAGCAACUCCAGUCUCAACACCAACACCAGCUUCUGUCUAA